GUAAGUACAAUUCGUCUCUUUUUUCCACAGCUCUGGGCAAAGUUAAAACAUUUAAUGGUUGUAUGCCAAGUACUACAACAAUACAUUAAAACCACCUUACAUCAAACGAAAGUAACUUGUCUUCAAUCAGUUUAAGAUCAAAAUAAAUUUUAAAACUCUUGACUAUUUGAGAUCACUGUUCACCAAUCUUUUGGUUGCUCACAUCUUUAUUAAAAGCUUGUUGUUGGUCGGUGUCCUUUCUCACAGCUAUUUACAGCAUAUUUUAUUCUGUUUGGGUACCGUUCUCAAUCUGGAUUUUAACCGUUGUUACUGAUACAUUUCUGAUUAUAAAAUGAGUGACGACGAUCAAAUUGUACGACAAAGAACAGGGGAUGUUGUAGAACCAACUAAUAUUACUACUUCUUCGACUACUUCUAAUAUUAUCAAUAUCGAUACACAAGAUGAUGUAUUAAACAAUAAGAAACAAACAAGCGAUGAUGAUGACGAUGAUGAACCAAUUGAUCCAAUCAAACCAGAUUUUGAAGCUACUGAAAAAUUACAUCAAGGUACAAGUCAUGUACCACCAAUAAUUGAUUUCUUAAAUAAAUUUCUCCCACCACGUUGGGUUAAUUGGACUGUACGAUUAUUCACAGGACUACUAUUAAUUUCAGGAUUUACACUUCUUAUUUAUCUGGGUCCGUUGGCAUUAGUACUUAUGGUUUUAGCUAUUCAAUUGGCUUGCUUCUAUGAAAUUAUCAAUAUUGGUUACUUGGUUUAUCGAUCGCAUGAUUUACCUUGGUUUCGAUUAUUAUCAUGGUAUUUUUUGUUUACAUCAAAUUAUUACUUAUUUGGUGAAAGUUUAAUCGCUCGAUUUCGAUUACUUUUAGCUAAAGAAGAUUUUCUACAACCAUGGAUAACUCAUCAUCAGUUUAUUUCAUUUUCAUUGUAUUGUGCUGGGAUUGUUGCAUUUGUUCUAAGUUUAGUUAAAAGGCAUUAUAUUAAACAGUUUACUUUGUUUGGAUGGACUCAUGUUACAUUGCUUAUUUUCGUUACAUCGUCUUAUUUCUGUAUUGAAAAUAUUUUCAAUGGUUUAAUUUGGUUUCUUUUACCAGUUUGUCUAGUUAUAUGCAAUGAUGUUAUGGCAUAUGUAUUUGGAUUUUUCUAUGGGAAAACACCACUUAUUAAAUUAUCACCAAAAAAAACAUGGGAAGGUUUUAUUGGUGGUGGUCUAUCUACUAUAUUAUUCAGUAUAUUACUAUCUUAUAUUUUAUUAAAAUAUGAUUAUUUCGUAUGUCCAAUUGAAUGGGAUGAUACAAAAGGUUCUUUAACAAUGAAUUGUACUAGAAAUCCUGUGUUUAUAGCACAGAUUUAUGAUUUACCAAAGUAUUUACUCUUUCUUCCAAUACGUCAAAUCACUUGGUAUCCAUUCUUACAACAUUGUUUAAUUAUCAGUAUAUAUACAUCAGUUGUUGGACCAUUUGGUGGAUUCUUCGCUAGCGGUUUUAAGAGAGCAUUUAAAAUUAAAGAUUUUGGUGAUUUAUUCCCUGGACACGGUGGUGUAGUUGAUCGUUUUGAUUGUCAAUUAAUAAUUGGAACAUUUGUAUUAUUUUAUUAUAAUUCAUUUGUUCGAACUCAUAGUCCUGUUUCUCUAUUACCAAAAAUCUACAUUUUACCGCCAAAUGCACAAAUUCUAUUUUAUCGUCUACUUACGGAUGGUCUUUAUAAACGUGGUCUACUUCCUAAUCAAUUGGUAGUUGCAGUAAAUGAAUAUUUACCAUCUCCGUCAGGAUCAAGUUCAACAACACUACGACCAACUAGUUCAUCAUCAUCAUCAUCACCGAUGAAUGAUGUUGAAGUAUAGAAAGUUUUUGAAGAAAAAAAAUCAAACAAUGAGAAUAUAACCCAACAAGUGAUAGUGUUACAAACAAACACACAUACAUACAUACAUAUCUGCUUGCUUCUGUAUGUUUGAUCAUGUGUGUGUGUGUGUUUGUAUUUUAUUAACACAUACAUACACACACUAUAGAGCUACAGACAUACAUGUGCGUUUAACUUAUUUUUCAUACAGAAAGAUUAAAUAUAAAAUUACUUUAUAUAUUAUUUCUAUUGAUAGGCUUGGUGAUUGUUCAAGUUUGGAUUUUACAAUCAGGUUCUGAUUACAAAAUCUGUUGUUGUUCUCCCCCCCUCCUCAUUAUUAUCAUUAUUUCUAUUACUUAUUUGCUAACAGGCUCGCAUAGACAAGUGUAUUGUAGAUCAUUAACAUAAUGAGAUAUUGUGCACUCAUAUAUAUAUAUAUAUAUAUAUAUAUAUAUAUA